UCAUCAGUAACAAGAGCCACCAUGGAAAUCGAGGCACCGACAGCAUCGAUGGAUCCCAAGUUUAAGGACUGUCUAGUCGUCCGUGCUGGCGAAACGUUUGUUAUCGGAGCGGAUAUUCUGGGGACGCCACUCCCCAGAGUCAAGUGGUUAAAAGACGGAAAAGAAAUUGAUAAAACUUCCCCGAGAACGGAGGUCGUAAAAACAUUUGAACGCACCGUUUUAACAGUUCUAGAUUGCAUCAGAAUAGAUGGCGGACAGUUCGUCCUGAGUCUCAGCAAUGUGCCUGGAAAGAAAGACAUACCUGUCAAUGUUAAGUUUCUCGAUAGACCUGGUCCACCUGAUGGUCCAAUGAAGAUAACUGCUGUGACUGCAGAGAAAGCCACCCUUCACUGGAGUCAUCCGUUACAAGAUGGCGGUGCCAGUGUUUCCCAUUAUAUCAUUGAAAAGAGGGUAACCAACCGCGUGUCAUGGACUGUAGUCGAACCGGAAACCCAAGCUGUCAGCUACAAAGUGACUAAACUUGUACCUGGCACUGAGUACAUCUUCAGAGUUAAAGCAGUGAAUAGGUUUGGCACUGGUGACCCUCUUGAAUCAGACCCGGUUACUGCAUGUUGUCCGUUCAAGCCGCCCAGCGCUCCUUCCACACCUGAAGCAAGUGCUAUAACAAGCGACUCAAUGGUCCUUACAUGGAAUCGACCAGAAAACGAUGGUGGUUCAGAAAUGGAUGGCUAUAUCGUUGAAAAACGUGAUAAAGACGGUGUUAGAUGGACAAAGUGUAACAAGAGAAGACUUAACGAUAUCCGGUUCAGAUGCACCGGACUCACCGAGGGACAUUCCUAUGAGUUCAGAGUAUCUGCUGAGAAUUCUGCUGGUCUGGGAGUGCCAAGUGAACCAACAGGAUAUAUCAAAGCUUGUGACCCUUUAUAUCCACCAGGUCCUCCUUACAACCCUAGGGUGACAGACCAUUCAACCACAACCGUGUCUAUCUCAUGGACAAAACCCAUCUAUGAUGGUGGAGCAGCCAUCAAAGGAUACGUUGUUGAGAUGAAGGAAGUAACGGAGGAAGAGUGGACAACUUGUACACCACCAACUGGUGUAGAAGAAACACACUUCACUGUGAAAACACUGAAGGAAAAUCGAGAAUAUAACUUCCACAUCUGUGCGAUUAACACUGAAGGAGUUGGGGAACCAGCUGAUGUCCCAGGGACUGUAGUUACAUCCGAAAGACUUGAGGCCCCUGAGAUUGAACUAGAUUCAGACCUUAGGAAAAUGGUGUCAGUUUGGGCGUGUGCAACACUACGUCUAUUUGUCCCAUUCAGAGGAAGACCUGAUCCUGUAGUCAAGUGGUCCAAGAUGGAAGGAUCUCUUACUGAGCAUGCACACAUUGAGGUCACAAGCACCUACACAGUCCUUGUCAUCCACACUGUCAACAGACUUGACACUGGCAAGUAUGCCUUGACUCUUGAGAACAUCGGCGGUAUGAAGUCUGCUUUCAUUAAUGUCACAGUGUUGGAUUCACCAAGUGCCCCUGAGCACGUUGAAGUCAAGGACAUCACCGGAGAUUCUGUAUCACUAUCCUGGGAGCCUCCACUGAUUGACGGCGGAGCUAAGAUCACACAUUACAUUGUGGAGAAGAGAGAAGCUCAAAGACGGGCUUUUACCAGUGUUUCAGAUAACUGUGGAAGAAAUAGAAUGAAGAUCGACAACCUUAUACAAGGGGGACUUUACUAUUUCCGCAUACUAGCAGUUAAUGAGCUCGGUGUGGGUUUGCCAGCAGAAACACCAGAACCAAUCAAGGUAUCACAAGCUCCUUUGCCUCCUGGUAAAGUUACCGUUGUAGAUGUUACUCACGACAGCGUGAGUCUGUCAUGGGAAAAGCCUGACGAUAACGGUGGUAGCAGAAUCAAAUGCUACGUAGUGGAAAUGCAAACCAAGAGCGAUGACAAAUGCACUGUGUGUUCUGAGAUAAGGGGAUUGAGAUCAACUAUUGAUGGGCUCUUAACAGGUGAGGAAUAUUCAUUUAGGAUUAGUGCAGUCAAUGAAACAGGCAAGAGUGAACCUAAGCUACUGGCAGAGGCUGUCGUAGUAAACGACGACACAAUGGAACCUAUCAUAGAUCUAAUGUGCAACUCAUUCAGUGUCAAGGCGGGAGACGAUCUGAAAAUCGAUGUUCCAUUUAGAGGCAGACCUGAACCUGAGGUUUCAUGGAACAAAGAUGGUGUUGAAUUGAAGGAGACAACCAAGGUUAGCUUUCUUACAUCUAAUAACUCAUCAAAAAUCACUAUCAGAAACACAACGCGGGAGGAAUCGGGGAACUAUGAGAUCACCUUAACCAACACAGUUGGUAGAAAAUCAGCCAUAAAAGCUGUUACCAUCUUGGAUAAACCAGGCCCACCUGGUGCAAUCAAGGUAGAUGAAGUCAACGCUGACUAUAUUUCACUGUCUUGGGAUCCCCCACUCUACGAUGGAGGAUGUCCAAUCAGCAACUACGUAGUAGAGAAGAGAGAUACUACCACUACAACAUGGAAGACUGUUUCAGCCACAGUUGCCAGAACAUCUAUUAAAGUUCCUCGUUUGACACAAGGCACUGAAUAUCAGUUCCGUAUUGCAGCUGAAAACCGCUACGGCGUUAGCCGUGCUGUGGAGUCCGCUUCAGUUGUUGCACAGUACCCCUUCGAGGUACCUGGUCCUCCCACUACCCUCCAUGUUGCUCAAGCUACAAAGUCCUUCAUGUUGGUUACAUGGAAUGAACCGGCCAAUGACGGUGGAAGUCCAAUCAUCGGUUAUCACCUGGAAAUGAAGGACUAUAGCAGUAUUCGCUGGACAAAGACUAACAGAAGACGUCUCAUUGCUGAUACAGAAUUUAAAGUGAAUGGCGUUGAAGAAAGCUUGCAGUAUGAAUUCCGUGUUUCUGCUGAGAAUAUCGCUGGCGUUGGACCGUACAGCAAAGCCACUGAGCCUAUAGCUGCGAGAGAUCCAUGUGAUCCUCCUGCUAACCUUACAGUUACGGACAUCACAAGAACUUCCAUUUCUCUUACUUGGUCCAAGCCGGAGAAUGACGGUGGAGCCAAGGUGACUGGCUACAUUGUUGAACGCAGGGAACUUCCAGAUGGUUGUUGGUUGAAGUGCAAUUUCACCAAUCUCCAGGAAACUUGCUAUGACAUUGAAGGCCUUACGGAGGAUAUUCAAUAUGACUUCCGUGUUAUUGCAAAGAACUCUGCUGGAGUACUCAGUGAGCCAUCACAAUGUACAGGUGGCAUCACAGUCAAGGAUAACGUGGUUCUACCUCGUAUUGUCUUGGAUAACAAGUAUAAGAAAUUAGUCAUUGUCAAAGCUGGAGAUGUUCUGAGAAUCGAUGCAGAUAUUUCUGGGUGCCCACGUCCAGUCAUUUCAUGGUCAAAGGAUGGUGAAAAAAUUGAGGUCAAGGCAAGACUAGAGAUCACUUCAACACACACUACCACCACAUUACUAGUCAGAGACACUAUUCGAAGAGACUCGGGUCAAUACACUGUAACAGUGCAGAACAUUGCUGGUACAAGAUCCCUGUCUGUAAACUGUAAGGUUCUCGACCGCCCUGGACCAUCCACUGAGCCAUUGGAUGUGACUGGUCUGACCGCAGAGAAAUGCACUUUGACCUGGGGACCACCUCAAGAAAAUGGUGGUGCAGAUAUUCUGCACUAUAUAGUUGAGAAAUGUGAAACCAGUCGUGUCACCUGGACUUCAAUAUAUGAAGACGUGAAGGCUACAACAUGCAAGGUCACCAGUCUGCGUAAAGGAAAUGAAUACAUCUUAAGAGUAAAGGCAGUGAAUGAAUAUGGAGAAGGUGAAGCCUUGGAGAGUGAGCCAACCAAAGCCACAGAUCCAUUCACUGUCCCCGCUGCACCAACAGAUGUUGAAAUCACCAGUGUAACAAGUGAGACGAUGACAAUCUGCUGGAAAAGACCUGAGUCCGAUGGAGGAAGCAGCAUUUCUGGUUAUGUUAUUGAAAAACGAGAGAAAUCUGGAUUGCGCUGGGUAAAGGUGAACACAAAGCUUGUGAAUGACCUUAGGGUCAAGGCAUCCAAUCUCUGUGAGGGAUGUGAGUAUGAGUACAGAGUCUAUGCAGAAAAUGUUGCAGGCUUGAGUCCCCCAAGUAUUCCUUGCAAACUGACAAAAGCGGAGGAUCCACAAUUCCUGCCAUCACCACCAGCUAAACCCAAAGUCAUUGACAAAACCAAGACUUCUGUAACUCUUUCAUGGAAUAAGCCAUUGUUUGAUGGGGGAGCUGCUGUAACAGGAUACUGUGUUGAAUAUAAGAGAACAGAUGAAGAGGACUGGUGCGGCAGUGUUUCAAACACAGAGAACACUGAAUUCACUGUCGUUGGAUUGACAUCUGGAGCAGAAUAUGUAUUUGUUGUCAAAUCCAUCAACAAGAUUGGUGUCAGUGAGCCAAGCCUUCCUACUGAUCCACAAGCAGCUGAGGACAGAGAAGAGGAACCACAGUUUAAUAUCAGCAAUGAGAUGCGAAAGACUCUUCUUGUAAAGGACGGCAGUUCAUUCACCUUAACUGUGCCAUUCAGGGGCAAGCCUGUUCCUGACGUUAUGUGGGACAAGGCAGAUGUUGACCUGAGAGUGAGGGCCAGUAUUCAUACCACUGAUACCGUCACGUCUAUCACAGUGGAACAAGCAACAAGAGAUGACUCUGGAAAAUAUACAGUGACUUUACAAAACGUUGCUGGAAAAGUCACAUGUACAUUAAAUGUCAGGGUUCUUGACUCUCCUGGUCCACCAUGCCGUGUUGGGGUCAAGGACGUUACCAAGUGCUCUGCAACAGUCACCUGGGAUACCCCAGAAAACGAAGGUGGUGCUGCUGUCACCAACUACCUUGUUGAUAUUCGUGAGGUGAGCAACAAGGGAUGGACCAGAGUCACAGAUUCAUGUCCUCGUCUGACCUACAGAGUGUCAGACCUACAAGAGGGAGGAGUGUACUACUUCAGAGUCACUGGUGAAAACCAGUAUGGAAUCGGCUUGCCAGCUGAGACCAAAUACGGAGCAACGAUUACAGAAAAACCCAGCCCACCACAAACCAUCGAAGUCACCGAGAUCACCAAGGAAAGUGUGUCCCUGUCAUGGACCAAACCUGAGAAUGACGGAGGUAGCAGAAUCACCAGUUAUCGAGUCGAUGCUCUCGAGAAGGGUCAGGAUAAAUGGGUGAAGUGUGGCGUCACCAAGACCGUCCACUUUGUGGUGUACGACCUGAAGGAAGCUACUCAGUACUUUUUCAGAGUUCGUGCUGAAAACCACGCUGAAUUCAGUGACCCUACAGAAAUGGCUCUCCCUGUGUUAGUUAAAGGGCAACUUGAACCUCCUGAGAUGAACAUGAACAAGUUCCCUGACAAUAUAGUCUACGUCAGAGCAGGAUCAAACCUGAAAUGCCAAAUCCCACUUACUGGGAAACCUGCGCCAAAGAUUUGUCUUUCAAAGAACGAUGUUGUGUUGAAGUCAACGAUGAGAUUCAACUCUGAAGUAACUCCUGAAUAUCUUAUCAUCAGUCUUCGUGAGAGCACCGCUACUGAUUCAGGAAGGUACGACAUAUGUGCCUCCAACACCAGCGGAGCUUCCAGGUCUUUUGUGACCAUUGUGGUCCUGGAUAGACCCAGCGCCCCAGUUGGUCCUAUUGGAAUGUCUGAAGUGACAGAGGACAGUGUGAGUCUGACUUGGCUUCCUCCUCGUUAUGACGGCGGAAGCCCCAUCACAAACUACAUAAUAAUGAAACGAGAAACGAGAAACGCCAACUGGACUGAAGUCUCCUCAGUCGUUGUGAAAUGCACAAUGAAAAUCAUGAAGCUCAUAACAGGACUGGAGUACCAGUUCAGAAUCAGGGCUGAAAAUCGCUACGGCAUCAGUGAGUACAUCGACUCUGCAACCGUCAAAGUGGAUCUUAACUACACCGUUUCCGAAGCUCCGUCACCUCCGAUCGUUACGUCUGUAACCAGAGAAAGCAUCACCGUCGCCUGGACGGAGCCGAACUGGAACGGAGGAAGACCAGUAGUUGGAUAUCAUCUUCAGAUGAAGGACAAGAACAGCAUCCUGUGGCAGACGGUUAACAAAACCGUUAUCCGCGCCGCACACUUCAAAGUGACAAACGUCAUCGUCGCUGGUCUCAUCUACGAGUUCAAGGUGGCAGCAGAAAACGCAGCUGGAUGCAGUCCCCUUAGCAAGAUCUCAGACGCUGUACUGGCGAUUGAUGCUUGUGAGCCUCCAACCAACGUCCGGAUCACUCACAUCAGAAAGUCUUCCAUCAGCCUUGAGUGGUUGAAGCCUUCUUACGAUGGUGGUAGCAAGGUCACAGGUUACCUGAUUGAGAAGAAAGAGGGCGAAAGAGACAGAUGGACGAAGGUCAACUUAACCAACGUUUCUGACACACACUAUACGGUGACAGAGCUGAACGAGUGUGUGGUUUAUGAAUUCAGAGUCGUGGCAAAGAAUGCAGCUGGAUCGGUCAGCAAUCCGUCCGUCACUGCCGGCCCGGCGAUGUGUGUGGACACGGACGAUUACGAAGAAGAUUAGAUUGGGGUUUUAUUUUUUUUUAAAUAGUUGAUUUGUUUUAAUUGUCAGAGGCUAUACUUGUAUUGUUGUGAAAGUGGUUGAAGUCGUUAAAAUUGCAGUUGGUUUUUCUUUAAAAGUUGAGAUUUAAAAAAUAAGUAAUUGGUGUGGUUACUGAAAUAGCUAUAUUUUUUGAUUGGUAGAAGAUAUUUCUGUUUUGAUAGCUGAUUUUAAAUAGCAGAGAAGAUUUGAUAUGCUCCUAUUAUUGUCUGACUUGUUGGGGUCAAAAUAGUUGAUUUGUGUGUGAAGUCACAGUGUUUUUACAGUGGAUAAAAUGUUGGACGUCGUCACUUGUUUAUGAAUGUUUUUGGACUAGAGUGUGAGUUUUACAAGGUUGAAGAAAUCCCAUGAAAACAUAUUGUCAGCCAUGUGGACUGUUUGCACAUUUUUCACAUUUGAUUGGUGUUGAUAGCUUUAACGGUUUAAGAGAAGAAAUCAAAAGGCUGUUAGAUAAUGGUAGUGGUGCUGCCUCUACUCUCUCGGCGGGUAGCCUAGUGGUUAGAGUGGAGGGGCGGCAGGUAGCCUAGUGGUUAGAGUGGAGGGACGGCAGGUAGCCUAGUGGUUAGAGUGGAGGGG